AAGGGAACGAGUUGAUGGUGGAGGUGGAGAGAACGUGCGUCCGUCCGUUCAUCCGUCCCUCGUACAGACCGUAACUAGUGCACUAUUUGUUGAGUAGUACUUAGUAGUAGUAUGGGGUGGUGGUGAAGGCGUACGCAGGAAGAGGCCGACAAGGAGGACGUGUGGAUACGUGUGCAUGCGUCCACCCAUCGGAAGAUUUAAGAUGAACGACGCUCCCCUAGCCGGGUUGGUUGGGUUGAGCACAGUCAGAGAGGCUGAGAACAUGAAGAAAGAUAGAGAGAAAGAAACAAAUCUCUCUUCUCUUUCUUCUCUUUCUUCUCUCUUCCUUCUUUCCUUCUGUCUCUGACUGUAUCUCUCUUUCUCUCUCUGACUGUCUUUCUUUGCCUGUCUUUCUCUGUCUGUCUCUGCACAGAAAAGUGCAUCAUGGACAAAAAAUGGACACGAACUUGAACAUACUACUUUCCUUCUGGAUCGAGCGUUGCUCGUUGGUCAGGUUAGAGAGCAAAGCCAGGAGGAAACACGCCGCCCGCCGAGAUGAUGAGUAGGAUGAGGAUGAUUCGCUUGCUCUUCAAAAAAAAUGUCAGAUUCCUGGACUAGUCGUGUUGGAAGAUUGAUUCCGGACAUGAAGUGACAGAUCUGCCUCUCAUGCGUGUUGGGUCCGUCCACAAUGUUCAGUGAUAGUCGAUCCAAGUCUUUCAUCCGGAGCACCUCCAAGGGUGAUUCGAAGCCACAGAGUGCUCAAUCCGUGGCCACGUCGCUCGAGGACGCGGCGAAUUCACCAUUUCGAACCCCGCUCGAUUUGGGUCCUUCGAGCCGUGGAUCGCCGGUCUCGCCGCUGGAUCUGCACGCGGCACUUAAUAGUAUCCCUAAAUCUUAUGGAUUCACUCAUCCGAAUGUGCUGUCAUCCAUCACGACCCCUCCUGCGGUUCCGCCGCCCUCCUCCAAAUACUGGGAGAUCCCUCCCCCCUCGUUCUCACCCAAUCUAUCUCGAGCUCCGUCACCGAAAAAUGUUUCCGGGAGUAACGGCAUCGGAGCGUUGAUCAACACGAAUCUCUGCCCUUCUUCCACCCCCGUGAUUUCUUCAUUGUCAGCCGCAUCGGCGUCGUCAUCUCAAAACGAGGCUGCAACUAAUACCAAUCAAACGGCUCAUUUGGCAUGCUUGACUCAAAAUUCCAAGUACUCGCAAUUGCUGUUGGUCCUGGAAGAGAUGGGCAAGGAUAUCCGACCCUCGUAUGCGGGCAGCAAGUCCAGUGCUGAAAGGCUCAAACGGGGUAUCAUUCAUGCCCGUAUUCUGGUCCGAGAAUCUCUGCUCGAGGUGGAGAGAGCAUCGAAACAAUGAAUGAAAAUGUGUCUGUGAUUUGUAUUUUUCAUACUAUGCCUGAGACGACGACAUUGUUCUAACGUUUCUCAAGGUCUCACAGUGUGAUCAAUCAUCAACGUAUAUACCUACCUACAAAAUAAUGUUCCUAACCUGGGGAGGAGGGAGGGACAAACUCCUUCAAUCUCCCACCUCCAACUCUUCUUUCAUGGCCGGAAUAUACGUAGUUCUGUACCAAUGUUCGUAUGCGUAACUAAUGCAAAAGUCUGAGAACAAUAAAUUUGUCGUUUUCUAUGA